UCGGAAGCGGAAGCGCGAAUGUCUGAGGAAACCUCGGGCGGACGGACCGAGCGAGCCGAGCGGACUGACGGGCGGGCGAGCGAGCGAGCGAGCGAGUGCUGGCGCUCGGGCUGCGCGUGGCAGCCGAGCAGGCGCCAUGGCACUGACACGGGCCGGGCUGGGCCUGGAGCUGGACGCGGCCGGUGAGCUGUCUUAUGUUCAUUCUGUGACCCUUCUGGAAUGCCACUAAACCAUGGGGGAAAACAGUCCUGAGAAUGUCAUCUAUUACAAAGUGGAGGAAGAUGACUUGGCCCAGGAUGAUAAACUGUUGUGGUUUGUGGACAAGAAUGGCCUUGUCCCAUCCUCAUCCAGGACAGUGUAUGACAGAACAACAGUCCUCAUUGAACAAGACCGAGGGCCAUUGGAGGACGAGGAGGAUGAAGGGCAGUGUGGGGAUCACUUGCCUUUUCUGCCUGAUGGUCACGAGGACAGAUUUCCUUUGAUAGCUGACCAUGAAGGAAUGUCCCAGGGUUAUGUUCAGCACAUUAUUUCUCCGGAUCAGAUUCAUCUGACGAUCAAUCCUGGCUCAACUCCUAUGCCACGAAACAUUGAAGGAGCCACCCUUACUUUGCAGUCAGAGUGCCCUGAGACAAAACUGAAAGAAGUGAAGCGUUACCAGUGCACAUUUGAGGGCUGCCCUCGGACCUACAGCACCGCAGGUAACCUGCGCACCCACCAGAAGACACACCGCGGGGAGUACACUUUUGUGUGCAACCAAGAGGGGUGUGGAAAGGCCUUCCUAACAUCCUAUAGUCUCAAAAUCCAUGUUCGAGUCCACACCAAGGAGAAACCUUUUGAGUGUGAUGUCCAGGGUUGUGAAAAAGCCUUCAAUACACUGUACAGGUUAAAAGCCCAUCAGAGGCUUCACACGGGAAAAACAUUUAACUGUGAAUCAGAGGGUUGCAGCAAGUACUUCACCACACUCAGUGACCUGCGGAAACACAUUCGGACCCACACCGGAGAGAAGCCAUUCAGGUGUGAUCAUGAUGGCUGUGGAAAAGCCUUUGCUGCAAGCCACCACCUGAAGACGCAUGUCAGGACCCACACCGGUGAAAGACCUUUCUUCUGUCCCAGUGAUGGCUGCGAGAAGACUUUCAGCACACAAUAUAGCCUCAAGAGUCACAUGAAGGGACACGAGAAGGGGCCCUCCUAUGCUAUGCUGUCCAACAACAGCAUCUCUGAGGAUACAAACCACUCACUCUGUCUCAGUGACUUGAGCCUCAUGUCCACAGAUUCAGAACUGCGGGAUAAUUCAAAUCCAAUGCAUGGACAAGACCUGAGUACAAUCUCACCAGCAAGCAUUUUUGAGUCCAUGUUCCAGAGUCCGGAGCCUCCUGUAAAUCAGGAAGACGCUCAGCACACAGACGCCUUGGUUAAAGAUUUUGGUGGUGAUGCAGACCCAGCCCCUGCUGCCCAGCCACCCCUCGGAGAAGCUGCUCCUUUGUCUCUGCCACUUGUUCUUCAGCUUGGCAUCUCUGAGCCUUCUCCCCCAGCACUGCUUCCUGCCUCCACUGGCACUCAGCAAGCAGCCUACGGAACCCCUGCCGCUGUCCUCCAGUCUCCAGAAGUGCCUGCUCCUAAUAGCACACUCUUUGCACCCAACCCCCAGGACUUCCUACAGCACAUUCAGGCAUCUCCACAGCCUGUUGGGAAUCCCCCUGUCCCAGCAGCAGCACCGAGUGUUGCUGAGGUCCUCCCCAGUGGGGUUCAGACUGUGCCUGUUGGAGGGAACUCUGUGCUGGCUGGCAGCCCAACCAUCACCAUCACCCCAUCACAAAGUGCAGCCAUUCUGCAGUCCAGCAUUGUCAUGGGAGAGCAAAACCUCCAGUGGAUUUUGAAUGGUGCCAGCAGGACCUCCCAGAACCAAGAACAAAUGCCACAGGCUCCAGUGCUGGAGAAGGUCUUCUUUACCACUGCCCUUCCUGUUGCUGGUAAUGCAGGGAGCUCUGUGCAGCAGAUUGGCCUGAGUGUGCCCGUGAUCAUCAUCAAGCAGGAGGAAGCCUGUCAGUGCCAGUGUGCCUGCCGGGACUCAGCCAAGGACAAAGCCAGCAGCAAGAAGCAGAACUGCUCCUCACAGGGCUCCAAGGCAUCAGGGGAGCCUCCUGCGGCAGCACCAGGGCCUCCGCCUCAACCCUUUCCCAUCAACUUGGCUGCCAGCACCUCCUCUGCUGCUGCUGCUGCUGCUGCUGUUGAUGCCGCCACCACCCUCUCUUCCACGUUGCCUCCUUGCGAGCAAAGCACUCUGGCAGGGAACCCCUCAGACUCACAGAACCACUCCCUAAGUGCCAUGGAUGUCUCAGACUUCCUCUCUCUCCAGAGCCCCGAGGCUUCCGCCUCUGCCUCCUCUCCACUGAUUCCAAUUGAAGCCCUGCUACAAGGGGAGGAGGAGCUUGCCCUGGGUGGAGGCCGUGGUGGCAGCUUCCUCAAGUGAAAAGGCGAA